AUGAGCAAUACAGAGCAUUCAGAUGCUGCCACCUAUAUAAGUGCACAGUUCAAAAUACCUAUGUCAGCAAGACAUCUUGCCAAGUGUGGUGACUCUGACUUUGGAUAUUCGCCCUCCAACAUCCACCUCAUUGGCCACAGCCUGGGUUCCCAUGUUGCUGGGGAAGCUGGAAAGAGGUUGAGUGGGGCCAUUGGACGAAUCACAGGGUUGGAUCCUGCUGAACCUUACUUUCAGGACACACCUGAAGUAGUCCGAUUGGACCCCAGCGAUGCCCAAUUUGUGGAUGUAAUUCACACAGACUCUGCCCCCAUGGUUCCCAACAUGGGAUUAGGAAUGAGCCAAACUGUGGGUCAUCUAGAUUUCUUUCCAAAUGGAGGAAAAGAAAUGCCCGGAUGCCAGAAGAAUGCUCUCUCUCAGAUUGUUGACAUGGAUGGAAUCUGGGAAGGAACUCGUGACUUCGUGGCCUGCAAUCACUUAAGAAGUUACAAGUAUUACACAGACAGCAUCGUCAACCCGACUGGCUUUGCUGGGUUCUCCUGUGCCUCAUACAAUGAUUUCACUGCGGACAAGUGCUUCCCUUGUGCAAGUGGAGGAUGCCCACAGAUGGGUCAUUAUGCUGAUAGAUUUUCUGGGAAAACAAGUGGAGUGGGCCGGAAAUUUUAUCUAAACACUGGUGAUGCCAGCAAUUUUGCUCGUUGGCGGUAUCAGGUAUCUGUCACCCUGUCUGGAAAGAGGGUUACUGGACAAGUACUAGUUUCUUUGUUUGGAACUGGAGGAAACUCCAAACAGUAUGAAAUUUUCAAGGGCUUUCUCCAACCUGGAAACACUCAUAUCCAUGAGAUUGACUCUUCUGUGGACAUUGGUGAUGUUCAGAAGGUUAAAUUUCUUUGGAACAACAAUGUGAUCAACCCAACCCUACCCCAAGUGGGAGCAUCCAGGAUCACGGUGGAAAGAAAUGAUGGAAGAGU